AUGUCUUCCCGUCCUCAAAACGUUGGCAUCAAGGCCUUUGAAAUCUAUAUCCCCAGCCAGGCUGUUAACCAAUCUGAUCUCGAAACCUACUCAAAUGUUCCUUCUGGCAAAUUCACCAUUGGUCUUGGCCAAACAAACAUGGCCUUUGUUAACGACAGAGAAGAUAUUUACUCCUUUGCUCUGACAGCUGUCUCCAACCUUUUGAAAAAUAACAACAUUGACCCUAACUCUAUUGGUCGUCUCGAUGUCGGUACCGAAACCCUCCUCGACAAGUCAAAGUCUGUCAAGUCCGUCCUUAUGCAACUUUUCGGUGACAACACUGAUAUCGAAGGUGUCGACUCUGUCAAUGCCUGCUACGGUGGUACUAACGCUCUUUUCAAUGCCGUUAACUGGGUCGAAUCUUCCUCCUGGGAUGGCCGUGACGCUAUCGUCGUUGCCGGUGAUAUCGCCAUUUACUCCAAGGGUGCCGCUCGUCCCACUGGUGGUGCUGGCGCCGUCGCUCUUCUCAUUGGCCCUGACGCUCCUAUCGUUAUUGAUCCCGUCCAUGGCUCUUACUUUGAGCAUGCUUACGAUUUUUACAAGCCCGAUUUCACCUCCGAAUACCCCGUUGUUGAUGGCCAUUUCUCUCUCACUUGCUACACUAGAGCUCUUGACAAGGCCUACCAGACUUACAACAAAAAGGCUGCCAGCAGAGGUCUUUCUCAGCUCAAUGGCCACGUCCCCGUUGGUAUGGACCGCUUCGACUACUCGGUCUUCCACGUCCCCACCUGCAAGCUUGUCUCCAAGUCCUUUGCCCGUCUCUUUUAUAAUGACUAUCUUGAGGACCCUGCUUCGGCCCUCCCUGAGAUUUCCGAUGACCUCAAGGCUCUUACCUACGAGCAGUCCCUCACUGAUAAGGCUCUUGAGAAGUUUCUCGUUACUUCUGCAAAGGAAAAGGCUGCCAAGCGUCUUGCUCCUGGUUUGAUUGGUCCUACCAACACCGGUAACAUGUACACCGCCAGUGUUUACUCCAGUUUGGCUUCCCUCCUGUCUUAUGUUCCUGAAGAGAACUUGGCCAACAAGCGCAUCAGUUUGUUCUCUUAUGGUUCCGGUCUCGCAUCGUCCUUUUACUCAGUCGUUAUCAAGGGUGAUAUUUCAACUAUUAUCAAGAACCUUGAUCUUAAGAACAAGCUCGACAAUAGAAGCAUAGUCAAGCCUGAGGACUACGAGGCUGCCCUUGGUCUCCGUGAAAAGGCCCAUCUUCAGAAGGAUUACGUCCCCACCGGUUCUAUUGAUCAUAUUCGUCCUGGCACUUACUACCUGACGUCUAUUGAUGAUAAGUUUAGACGCGUUUACGCUGUCAAGGAGUAA